CGCGGCCCGGCCGGCCCGAGGCCUCGUCCUCCUCCCAAACUUUGCAAAGUCGGCCCGCGUCCCCGCCGCCCUCGGCCGCGCCUCGGCUCGGAGCCUCGCCUCGCAGCCGCAGCGGCCCCGCGAGGAGGAGGAGCCGCCGCCGCAGCAUCAAAGACGCUGAAUUCCCGCGGCCUGGGGGGGAGUCAUGCUUUGCGGUCUGUAAUGUCAGCAGAACAGGAGAAGGAUCCCAUUGCGCUGAAGAGAGUUCGAGGUGGUGAUAGUGGACUGGAUGGGUUAGGAGCACCAGGUGUACAACUAGGAAGCCCAGAUAAGAAAAAACGGAAGACAAAUACACAGGGGCCUUCUUUUCCUCCAUUGUCUGAGUAUGCUCCACCACCGAAUCCAAACUCUGACCAUCUAGUGGCUGCUAAUCCAUUUGAUGACAACUAUAAUACUAUUUCCUAUAAACCACUACCUUCAUCAAAUCCAUAUCUUGGCCCUGGUUAUCCUGGCUUUGGAGGUUAUAGCACAUUCAGAAUGCCACCUCACGUUCCUCCAAGAAUGUCUUCCCCAUACUGUGGUCCUUACUCGCUCAGGAAUCAGCCACACCCAUUUCCUCAGAAUCCUUUGGGCAUGGGUUUUAAUCGACCUCAUGCUUUUAACUUUGGACCACAUGAUAAUUCAAGUUUUGGAAAUCCAUCUUAUAAUAAUGCACUAACUCAGAAUGUUAACAUGCCUAAUCAACAUUUUAGACAAAAUCCUGCUGAAAACUUCAAUCAGAUUCCUCCACAGAAUGCUAGCCAGGUAUCUAACCCUGACUUGGCAUCUAACUUUGUCCCUGGAAAUAAUUCAAAUUUUACUUCUCCAUUAGAAUCUAAUCAUUCUUUUAUUCCUCCCCCAAACACUUUUGGUCAAGCAAAAGCACCACCCCAAAAACAAGACUUUAGUCAAGGAGCAACCAAAAACACGAAUCAAAAUUCCUCUGCUCAUCCACCUCACUUAAAUAUGGAGGACACAGUGAAUCAGAGCAAUAUUGAAUUAAAAAAUGUUAAUCGAAACAAUGCAGUAAAUCAAGAGAAUAGCCGUUCGAGUAGCACUGAAGCUACAAGCAACAGCCAUGCAAAUGGGACACAGAAUAAGCCACGACAAGCUAGAGGUGCAGCCGAUACGUGCACCACUGAGAAAAGCAAUAAAUCCUCCCUCCACCCAAGCCGUCAUGGCCAUUCUUCCUCCGACCCAGUGUAUCCUUGUGGAAUUUGUACAAAUGAAGUGAAUGAUGAUCAGGAUGCCAUCUUAUGUGAAGCCUCUUGUCAGAAGUGGUUUCACCGGAUCUGCACUGGAAUGACUGAAACAGCUUAUGGCCUCCUAACUGCGGAAGCCUCAGCAGUGUGGGGCUGUGACACCUGUAUGGCUGACAAAGACGUCCAGCUAAUGCGCACUAGAGAAACGUUUGGUCCACCCGCAGUGGGCAGUGAUGCUUAAUCACAGGCAGUAACAAAAGUGGUUUUUUUGUCCUGUGUAUUACAGAGGUUCAGUGACACAGGAUUUUAAUGUUUUACAUUAUUUUUUUAAGUUCACACACAAGAUUAUUUACCUUUUAGUUUUUAUUAAUAUUCCACUUCAUUACUAGUACAAAUUUUGUAUCGUCAUUUGCUAUUUUAAAUGAGAAUAAUGUAUAUGAGGUGCUUCAGGAAGUACUAUACAAAUAAAUGUUACUUGUUGUUAAUCAUAAACAUAAAAGCCUCUUGAAGCUUCAAAAUAAUAUGUAGCAAGUGUAGGCAAGUUUUGACUUUUAAAAGAAUCAUUGAAAAAAUGUAUAUUUCAGUGCUGAACUUUGGCGAUAUCACGUUAAACAUUUAGUUCAAAAGUUUUUUCAAGGAUCCAUUUAACAUGUUUUCAGGAAAAAUUUAUGUAGCUGUAACAUGGAAGGAAGCAUACAUUUUAGUGGGUGUUUUUAAAAAUAAUAGGGUAUGACACCAGAUUCCUCCUGACUAGGGUCGUUGAAAUUAGUGACUUUGAUAUUUUCAAGUCAGUCUUUCCAGGAUAUCUGUACAGAUAUGAGACAGAUGUUAGCAUAUAGUAGAUGCUCAGUAUUUGUUGAUUAAUUUGUGGAUUGUACCACAUGAAAUUGCUAAUAUUAGAUCAGUUGAAAAUUGACUGCAGUUAGUAGAGUUGACAUAAAGUAUGUUUCUAGUUGUGCUAUUUAAAAUUAAAACAAAAUCAUGCUCUUCAAUCUUCAAUUUUCUUUGAUUGUUGAGUUGUUUUGUAUUGUUUUCCAGAGAAAUAAAUAAUAUAGUAUCCUCAGAAGAAUUGUGAAUACUUUUUCUAAUGUGAUUUCAAACUGCGACAUAUUGCAAAUGAGAUAGGUAGAAAUAUCAAUUAGUGUUAGCAGGCUCUGCUAGCAAAAGAACUACGCAGUGGUGGUUUGAAAAAUCUUGUUCUAGGGAUCUGAAUUCAAAAAUGAGCCUCAGGGGAGAUCAAAAACCAUUUCAAGCAAAGACCAAUUAAGCGCCAAGGUGAAAGCUAACUCACAAACAGCAGUUUGAGCCCUUGCAGCAGACAGGAGUUUCUGCUGUGACUGGGAAAAGUGUAAAAAUGGACCUGAGAGUAUCCUCUUGAGAGAUGAUAAAGAAUGGAGACAGUUGAAGGUGAACUCAUUAAGAUUCAAAACAGCAGAAACCCAUUUUUGGAGCAGAUCAUAACAUGUGACCA